AUGGUAAAUAGUAUUGAAGAACUUAAUGAUGGGUUUGGGAAAAAAGAGGCAGGAGGCAGGAGGAGAGAGGCAGGAGGCGGUGGUGUUAUGGACGAACAAAGGGGCAAAAAUCAAGUUAGUUUUGCGCAUAAAGUAAAAGUAAAGGAUGAGGAUGCCAUUUUAGAUCCGCUACGAGGAACCACUGAGAAAAUGGAAAUUGCUUCUGUCCAUUCUCAAGAGGAAGAGAUUAAUCUAACAUGUCUGGUCACCGAUGGAGUUGCCUUGCAGUUUCCAUCAAAAGAAUGGACUUCCCUCAGAAGACACUGUUUCAGAAGUUUCCUGUUGCCUAUAAUAUUAAGUUAUCAUCGGAGCUGCUUCAAUUUCUCCAUGCUCCAGAGACAUUGA